CGGAAAACGCUCGGAUCAAGAUGGCAUCGUCCAUGAGUGGGAUGUUUUCCGGUCAGCAGACGUCUGGUGCGCAUCCCGUCGGGGGUCCCGGUGGACCGGGCCAGCCGGGCUUCCCCGGUACCGCUACCAGAGCCCAAGGAAGCAACACACUGGUGGAUGAACUAGAGGCUUCAUUCGAGGCAUGUUUUGCAUCCCUGGUAAGCCAAGACUACGUUAAUGGAACUGACCAGGAGGAGAUCCGCACUGGUGUUGAUCAGUGCAUACAAAAGUUCCUGGACGUGGCUCGACAGACAGAGUGCUUCUUCUUACAGAAAAGGCUUCAGUUAUCUGUGCAGAAACCAGAGCAGGUGGUGAAAGAGGAUGUGUCAGAGUUACGUAAUGAGCUACAGAGGAAAGAAUUGCUGGUUCAGAAACACUUGUCCAAGCUGCACCACUGGCAACAAGUACUCGAGGAUGUGAGCGUUCAGCACCGCAAACCCUCAGACCUUCCUCCUCCUGGACCACUGGCCUUUCUGGAGCAGGCCUCUGCGAGUCUGCCCCCUGCCCCUUUAAAACCAAACUAACACACCAAAGGUAUGCUCACAUUAGUCUUCUGUUAAAUGACACACUCAGAAUGUGAUGUUGAACUUUACAAGUUAACUGCAACCGGAUGGAGAUCACACCGAAACAGGAAAUGCAUGCCUGCAUUUAUCAACCAUACAGACGUGAUUUGAAGUGAAUGGAAAAAGGAGCGAACAUAUGCAGGAUAGAGGUGUAAUGUGACCGUACCGGAACUAGUCAGUCGUGUGAUGGCGACUGUGAAGUGUCACACUAAGAGCAAACUGAAGAACAGUUUGCCGCGGGGGAGUCAUGACAUAGAUAGUUUUAUUUCCAGUGUUUUGAUUGAUGUAAAUAUUUCUGUUGCUGACUUUUUUUUACUGUAAAAAUAAAAUUUGUGAGUAUUUUGAAUCUUGA